AUGGAAUGCGAUAAAAAUUUUAGAGCCGCCCUCCCUUUCCCCCAUCCCUCGUCCACAUUUCUGUUCAUCCGCUGUCUCCCCCACCCGUGAACUGGAUUUAACGAAGCUUUGGGAUCCCCGGAAGAGAGAGAGAGAGAGAGAGCUGGCGAGAAGGAAGGGAUCUUGGAGAGAGAGGGGGAUUUGGAAAGGCGAUACCUUUCGUGCGAUCGGAGCGGAGGCUGGGGCAUAAAGCUUCGAUAUUUGAGAUUUUCUCUGGGGAUUUUCCCUCUUGAUUUGGGAAACUCGAGGUAGAUCAUAGAUUUCGCUGUUUAUUGAUGAGUAUUAUAGCUUUGAGUGGUCUGUUUGCGUGCUUUUUUGGGGAAAUUUUGUAAAUUUCGGGGAGAGGGCGCUUGUAGAUCUUUUGUUGUUUCUUAUUUUUGAUAUUAGCGAUUGUGCGCUUCGGUGUUUUUGGCUUUGGAGUGUCCAACGUUUGAUCUUGGAGCUAUUUUCGGUCGUUCCUUGUAGAUUUGCCCAUGCUUCCCUAUAUGUCUCUCAGUCAGCGCUUAUAUUGAGGGGUUACUAUUAGUUUCUUUCCAAAAUUUGAGAUAAUCAUUUGAAUUUCGCCGGCAAGAUUUGAACCUGUCCGAGUAAAUUGGCCUUUUGACGUGCUUAUCAUACAAAAGAAAAAGGCUUUUGCGGUUGUUGCUGUGACACAAGUGAAGCUGCUGUUUUUAUGCCAAUUGUUGGGCUCUAGUUAUCCUGGCUUAUUUGCUUUGUGGCUUUAGUUUGCCUAGAUGUCGUUCCGCAGUAUAGUUCGUGAUGUAAGAGACAGUUUUGGGAGUUUGUCAAGACGUAGUUUUGAGGUGAGGUUUUCAGCCUUUUCGGGUCAUUACAGGGGAAAAUCUCAGGGUUCUGUGCAUGAGCUGCAAGACCAGCCUCCGGUGAUCCAGCAGAGUUGCUGGGCUAGCCUUCCUCCUGAGCUACUUCGUGAUGUAAUUAAAAGGUUGGAAGCAAGUGAAAGUACCUGGCCAUCGCGCAAGCAUGUUGUUGCCUGUGCAGCUGUUUGCCGAUCAUGGAGGGAGAUGUGUAAAGAGAUUGUUAGAAGUCCAGAGUUUAAUGGGAAGCUCACUUUCCCAGUAUCCCUGAAGCAGCCUGGGCCUCGAGAUGGAACCAUUCAGUGCUUCAUUAAGAGGGAUAAGUCAAAAUUAACUUAUCAUCUCUACCUGUGCCUCAGCUCUGCGGUGCUUGUUGAAAAUGGAAAGUUCCUCCUAUCUGCAAAAAGGAACCGCCGGACAACCUGCACAGAGUACAUUAUAUCUAUGGAUGCUGACACCAUAUCAAGAUCAAGCAACACUUAUAUUGGAAAGUUGAGGUCAAAUUUCCUUGGCACAAAGUUCAUAAUCUAUGACACUCAACCACCAUAUAAUGGGGCUGCCCUAUGCCCACUCGGACGAACAAGCCGCAGAUUCUACUCCAAGAAAGUGUCUCCAAAGGUCCCAUCUGGCAGUUACAACAUAGCUCAGGUGACAUAUGAGCUGAAUGUUCUUGGCACAAGAGGACCUCGUCGGAUGCACAUCAUCAUGCACUCCAUUCCUGCCUCUUCCCUUGAGCCUGGUGGCAUGGUACCUGGCCAGCCUGAUCAUCUCCUUCCUCGCUCCUUAGAGGAUUCCUUUCGCAGCAUGUCCAAGUCCUCCCUCAUGGACCGCUCUUUGGAUUUCAGCAGCUCUCGCUUCUCUGACAUCACUGGAGGGACUCAGGAAGGAGAUGAAGAGGACGAGAACAAGGAGAGGCCUCUUGUGCUCCGCAACAAGGCCCCUAGAUGGCAUGAACAGCUGCAGUGCUGGUGCCUCAACUUCCGGGGCCGGGUUACUAUUGCCUCCGUCAAGAACUUUCAGCUCAUUGCAGCAACACAGCCUGCUGCAGGAGCUCCCACGCCAUCACAGCCAGCGCCAUCUGAGCAUGACAAGGUCAUACUGCAGUUUGGUAAGGUGGCAAAGGAUAUGUUCACCAUGGACUACCGUUAUCCACUCUCGGCCUUCCAGGCAUUUGCUCUCUGCUUGAGUAGCUUCGACACCAAGUUGGCUUGUGAAUAGAACAAUGAAAGAAGUGGGAAAAAGGAAUAGGUUGCAGAGUGGGCUUCCACAAUAUGCUUGCUGUUUGUCAAUGAAUUUUUUCUUGACUGUUAGUGUAUUGGGUGGUAGCCUGCAACUGCAUUUUGAAGCAUUUAUCCAUCAUCUGCUCACUGAAUUCCUCUGUUAUUGUGAUGGCCUCCGGAUAAAGUGGUCGGGAGGUGGUUCCAUUCUGUGCAUUGAUGCUUUCUGUGUAUCUUCUUCAUGUUGUCCUUUAGCAUUGUUUAUAUGAAUGUUUUAUCUUAGUAUUAAGAUAAAAAUAAUCUCAAAUUCUUAUGGGCAGAGGAAUAUCCUGUGAAAAUUUAAAUUAGUA